AACAAAGGGAAACCACCAUCAAACACAGACAUUUAUCUCUCUGUGUUCGUGGCUUCACCUGCAGAAAAAAACUGCUCCCAGUCAACAUGACUGCAGUCAGCGAUCUCCAAAGCCUCCUGCCCACGGUGCUGAUAUGGUUUCUUAACUUCAAGUCCUGCUUGUCUGAAAAUACAACCUUCACGGACUACCCGGACUACAGCGGCUCCAGUGUGGAUUAUGACCUGUUUCCGACACUCUGCGUGAAGGAAUCCAACCGCCAGUUCCGCCUCUGGUUCAUGCCCACCUUCUACUCCAUCAUCUGCCUGCUGGGCCUGACAGGAAACAUUCUCGUCAUCCUCACCGUCUUCUUCUUCAAGCGGCUCAAGACCAUGACGGACGUCUACCUGCUGAACCUGUCCUUUGCGGACCUCCUUCUAGCCCUGUCGCUCCCCUUCUGGGCGGCCAACUCCAUGGCAGAGUGGGUCUUCAACCUUUUCAUGUGCAAAGCCAUGCACACCGUCUACAAGGUGAGCUUCUACAGCAGCAUGUUCCUGCUGUCCUUCAUCAGCGUGGACCGCUACUUUGCCAUCUCCAAAGCCGUCUCGGCCCACCGCCGCCGAUCUCAGGCGGUGUUCUUCAGCAAGGUGUCGUCGGCCAUCAUCUGGGUGACGGCGCUGACCUUCUCCAUACCUGAGAUGUACUACACCAACAUCUACAACAAGACCUGCACCCCGUUUUCCAGCGGCAGCGACCCGCUCCGAGUCAGCAUCCAGUCGAGUCAGAUCGUCUUGGCCUUCAUCCUGCCUCUCCUGGUCAUGACCUUCUGUUACAGCAGCAUCGUCAAGACGCUUUGCCAUGCUCGUAGCUUUGAGCGGAAUAAGGCCAUCAAGGUGAUCCUGGCCGUGGUCGGCGUCUUCCUGCUCUGCCAGGUUCCUUACAACGUCGUCCUGUUCUGGACCACGGUUGUGACAGCGAAAGGGGGAACAAGCGACUGCUGGUACGACAACAGCCUCCUCUACGCCACCGACAUCACCCAGUGUGUGGCGCUGCUGAGGUGCUGCCUGAACCCCUUCGUCUACGCCUUCAUCGGGGUGAAGUUCCGCAACGACCUGCUGAAGCUGCUGAAGGAUUUGGGCUGCAUGAGCCAGGAGAGGUUCUUCAAGUACACAUGCGGCAGGAGGAGGAGCUCCGGCACCACCGACACCGAAACCACCACCACGUUCUCCCCUUGAAUCCAUUUUAGACCAAACCACCACGCGGACUGUUGAACAUUUGGACUAACGUCUCAAAUCAAACAUAUUUUUCACAUGUAAAUAGCAGAAGUUAUCAUGCACAUGCAAACCUCAGGUCAUCUUGUUUUUGUCUCUCUCAUUAUUCUAACAAAGCUUUGUUGUCGUUUCAUUUGUUACAGUGAACCGUGUUUUAAGAAACUCUUUAUGUUGGAAAAAGAAACUUGCAUCAUUUUUACUGAUCCAUUUAAAACUGUCCAUUAAACCACUUGAACAAA